UCACAAUCUUUGUGUCUCAAGUGCUUGGAACCCGAGGGAAAAACGUCGGUUUUGUGUUCACGUUUGUGGUCAGAGGAGACACUAGGGAAACAUUGUAAAACUACUUUGAAGAAGUUGUUGAUGGUAAAAGUCAUCAAACAUGGAGGACACAGAAAAAAGAAAAGUAAAAGAAAUGAUGAGGGAAAAAGAGUCAGCACCUGCGAUGGAUUGGAUGUACAAGGGAGAAAAACCAAGCGAGGAAGACUACCUCCUAGGAAAACGUGUAGAUAGACAUGUUGAGACAAAAGAUGAACCUCCACAGCCAGAUGACAUAUUUGGGGAGAGAAUUAAGGCCAACAUUGCCCUGGACAUGGCUGCAAAGGCUAGAGAAGACCCACUGUUUGCUAUACGAAAGCGUGAGGAGGAAGCGAAAAAACGUCUGUUGGAGAACCCAAUCAAAAUGAAAAUGCUUAAGAAAAGUUUAGAAAAACAACAGAAAAGGGAAAAUAAGAAAAAGAAAAAACACAAACAUUCUGAAGAAGAUGACAUUAUGCAGAAAUAUUUGUCAAUUUUAAACAAAAAACAAACGGGGAAACAUGACAAACCAAAACACAGUGAUUCUCAUCGCAAACACUCAAAUGAUUCAGAUGACAGUGACAGUGAUCGCCCUGCAAGAAAACAAGAUUUUCCUAGAAAGAAACAUAGACAGGACUUUGAUGACCAAAGAACUAAACAUUCAAAGAGUCGUGCAGAUUUUCAUAUUAGAAACAAACAUCAGCGAGACUCUGAUAGUGAUUCAAAUUCAAGACAUAAAAGCUCUUUCAGGAAAGGAGAAAAAUUACAUAGAAACAGGCAUGACAGUGAUUCAGACAAGACUGACGGCAGAAAAGGGUCAAAGGACAAAAGAAAUAAAGUGUCAGACAAAAGGAAUGAGUCUGAUCAUUUUUCAUCUAAACAUCGAAAAGAGCAGCCACAUCCAGGUAGACACAGUGUGUCUGAGAAAGGGAGACAACCAUCAAGUGAUGACUGGAGCACCAGUGACAGCAGUGACAGCAGUGAUGAUUCCAGUGAAGAUAAUCAAAGAUACAAAGGAAAGAAAUAUGGCCUCAUUGUUAACAAGAACAAAAUAAAAACGGAGGCUGACAGAAAAUCUGAAAAAUCUAGAGCACCAUCACCUCCCCACCGCUCAAGGUCACCAGUAUCACAUAGAAGGUCAAGGUCUCCAAGAAGGAGGUCAAGGUCGCCCAGAGGAAGGUCAAGGACUCCAGACACAAGAAAACCUUCAAAGUAUGGAGACAAAGACAGAAGAAGACAGACUCCUCCAAGAAAACUGACAUCUGAGGAGAAAAAACGAAAGGUUGAGGAAAUGAUGAGCAAUGCCACUUGGCGUGAGGAUAAGCGUAAACAGAACGUCAGUCGUUACAGGGAGGAGGAAGAACAGGAAGCCUUGCGUCACAAACAGGACACAAAAGAUGACAAGUUUAUAAAUACCAUGAUGUCCAGUCAUGCAGAGAAAAGCUCGGUGGCAGACAGGAUCAAACGGAACAAGUACAAUAUUCAAAGGACCAAGGCUGAUAUGAACAAAGACUUUCUGAAGAAAUGAUCAUAGCAUUUUCACACAUACUAAAAAACUGUAAGAUGUUUUACAGUUCAAAUUGGAAUUAUUUUUUUAUAAAAUAAAUGAGAAUGAUUUUGUU